UGCGCAGAGGGGGCACGCGGGGAAGGCUUUGGCGCCGGUUCUUUUUUUCCCUCCCCUGUCGCCCCUCGUUCUGGCCCAGUUCUCGCCGGAAGCGCCCCGGCAGUCUCGCGAGAGGCGGGGAGACGGUUGGCUGUGGCGCCGUGCGUCUCGCUCCGCUCUGCUCCGCACCGGGCCCCGUCGCUCGCCUCACCCCCCUCCCCCGCUGCCGCCAUGUCCCGCUACCUGCGCCCCCCCAACACCUCGCUCUUCGUGCGGAACGUGGCCGACGACACCAGGUCUGAAGACUUACGUCGUGAGUUUGGUCGUUAUGGGCCAAUAGUUGAUGUUUAUGUUCCACUGGAUUUCUACACCCGUCGCCCAAGAGGAUUCGCAUAUGUUCAAUUUGAAGAUGUCCGUGAUGCUGAAGACGCCCUCCAUAAUUUGGAUCGAAAGUGGAUUUGUGGCCGUCAGAUAGAAAUUCAAUUUGCGCAGGGAGAUCGGAAGACUCCAAAUCAGAUGAAAGCCAAGGAAGGGAGAAACCUGUAUAGUUCUUCUCGUUAUGACGACUAUGACAGAUAUAGGCGGUCUAGAAGUCGGAGUUACGAAAGGAGGAGGUCUAGAAGUCGCUCUUUUGAUUACAACUAUAGAAGAUCUUAUAGUCCUAGAAAUAGACCUACUGGAAGACCACGGCGUAGCAGAAGCCAUUCGGACAAUGAUAGGUUCAAACACCGCAAUCGAUCUUUUUCAAGAUCUAAAUCCAAUUCAAGAUCACGAUCCAAGUCACAGCCCAAGAAAGAAAUGAAGGCUAAAUCACGAUCUAGGUCUGCAUCUCACACCAAAUCUAGAGGCACUGCUAAAACAGAUUCUAAAACACACUAUAAGUCCAGCUCAAGAUAUGAAAAGGAAUCAAGAAAAAAAGAACCAGCUAGAUCCAAAUCUCAGUCAAGAUCACAUUCUAGAUCUAGGUCAAAAUCCAGGUCACGGUCAUGGACUAGUCCCAAGUCCAGUGGCCACUAACAGUGUAUCUAUAUUGUUUUUAGGCAUGUAACAUUCAUUUACACACAGUUCAGUUGACUUAAAUUAUCAGGAAUAUGAUGUUGCAACAGUGCUAAAAACUUUUCUUUCUGUCUGUUUUCCCUGUAGCAGGCAAUGGUUAUAAUUAAAAUAACACAGUGUUGGAAGCCACUGAGAGAGAGUCCACUUUGUUAAAUGUCACGGGCAGCUAUUGAUUUGAUUGUGGUGUCUAUAUUUUUGUAAAGAUUUGCAUUUUUUUUAUGGUUAAAAUUGGUAAUAAAACUCACUUGAGCAGAAUUUGCAACAUUUUCCUAGUAAAAGUACCGCACAGAGAAGUUGUGCAGGUUUGCAUGGAACAGUUGAACUCGUGGUUUAACUUGUUCUUUAACUUGACAAUACAAGCGGAAGACUGGACAGCUGUAGUGCAAGCUGACUGCUGUGAAAUACAGCCUGGCAAUUUUGUUUCCAUUGUUCAAAGACAGGGACUGUGUUCUUCAUACCUACCUAAAUGAGUAGGUUGGUAAAUGGAGCUUUCUCAGACAGAUGGUGUUGAAGUUUCUCAUUAACCCUGCCAUCUGGAGAGAUGGUACUAACAUUGCAUAAAGUAUGUGGAGAUAGUCACGGUCUUCAAGACUCAUUCAGAGAUUGUGCAGUGUUGUGAACAUUGUCAGGAUGGAGGCUUUGCUGCUUUUACCUGGCUGCUAAUAUUAGAUACUUAAGAACACUUAAAAUGGAAAAUUAAGUUCAAAUUUAAAAUUACAGAGCAGCUAAAAUACUAGGUUGUGUGUAUGUUUUAUGCAGUUUUUGUAUCUCUUCUAAAUUUUAGUGAGCAGUUAACCAUAAAUUGCUUAGUUUUUUUUGCUGUUAGAUGCAAGUAGAUUGUUUCAAGUUGUGUGUGUACAGUACGUAAGAACUGAACUUUUAUGCCAAUGACUCUUGUGGUUAGUUGGUGUAUUGAUAGAUAUCAAAUUUAGCCAUCUCUUCUUGAGUAACUAAAGGCUUGCUUUUACACUUCAAAAUUUAUGUAGUUGAACAAGUCUGAAUUUAUACCCUUUAGUCCAAGACUGUUCAGUGUUUGGGUUACAAUAUUUAGUUUUAAAUAACAAAUGUUCCAGGUUGGACAUGAACAAGAGCUGCAUCUCUGGCUGUUUUGUUUAUCACAGUAUCUUUGGUAAAUUGAAUGCGGAAAAAAUAAUUACAAAACUAAUAUGUAAUCUCACAAAUAUUUCUCUGGAAGGCAAGAUAUUUUGUUAUGAAAAUGGCUUCUGGCGAUGUUUUUUAUAUUCAAAUUUGAGAGCCAGCAUCAAACACCUAGUGUUCCUUGCUGUCUGUAUAGUAGCACAUAAAGAUGUUGGUGAAAAAUAGUAUCCUUUUUAGAGAAAAACAUAGGUUUUUGGUUUUAGUAACUUCAGCAGGGCCUUUGCGGAAACACAGAUGGCUUUUAAAUAUUGGCUGUGGAACGUGCUUAGGGGAUUGAUUCUAGAACCUUUGUAUAUUUAAUAGUAUUUCUAACUUUUUCUUUACUGUAUGCAGUUAACGUUCAUGUUCUGCUAUGCAAUCAUUUAUAUGCACGUUCCUUUAAUUUUGUAGACUUUCCUGGAUGUAUAGUUUAAAAACAACAAAGUCUAUUUAAAACUGUAGCAGUAGCGUGCAGCUCUAGCAGAGGAAAGUUGUGGGAUUAAACUUUGUAUUUCCUUUCUUAUAGAGGCUUCUAAAAAGGUAUUUUUAUAUGUUCUUUUUAACAAAUAUUGUGUACUACCUUUAAAACAUCAAUGUUUUGAUCAAAGUAACUAAAGACCCAGCUUAUUUUCUGCUUGCUGUAAAUUUAGCAAACAUGCUGUAAUAAAAUGAAAUGAAGGAAAUAUCGAUCCAUUGGAAUUAUUCCAGCUUUAGUAUCUGACUCCAGAGCAAGGUUAGGAACAGUGGUGCCCCCUUUGGUUUAAUAAUAAAGGAAUUUCAGUUCUUUAUUGCAGGAUAUCCAGCUGAAUCACUGUCCUCUUAAGAGAGUUAACGUGAAAUGAAGAAAAAUGCCAAGUUGGGCUUUUUUAGGCUAGUUUAUGUUGUCAUUAAUCCUUCUGUUAAGUUCCAUCAUCAAGAAUACUCCAUAACCCCACAGCUUCCCCAUCUUGUCAUAUUUGAGGUGGUUCAAUAGCCAGAUCCUGAGUGGGAGGUAACUCAUAUUUAAAGACGCAUACAAAAACAAAAAUUUUAAGAAAUGGCGAACACUUGUUUUAUUUCUACCAUGUCAUGUAAUAUAUCAGAAGUGCACAGUUACAGCUGAAAUAGCCAUCUCAUCAAACAGUUCAGAAAGAAAAUUACUAAGUUGUUGGGGGUUUUUUAAGUGGCAUCAUCAGAGGUUUUUUGAUGCAAUUAGGGAAAAUCUAAUUUUACUUUUUGUGUAUAUGAGUAAGCUGGAAAAGCUGAAAAUAAAUCUUACAGAGUUACAAGAAUAAAGAUGCUACCUUAGUUCUGGGACCUGUGGUAAAAAUAAGAGACUAUUUUCUGGAGCUUUUCAGUUGAGGACAGAAAGGUAUUAAAUUCCCCUUUGGUUAUACAUGAAACUAAGUCAAGUUGCAGCCUCUAUAAAUAACAUCUCCCUGAUGCACACAUUUUAGUCCUGCACUAAAAACAGUUUCCACAAAAGGCACUGAUCUGGAAGUUGCAUAUAAAUGGGAUGUUUUUAAAUGCAGGCUGCAAAAGAAGAGAUGUAAACAUCUUUCCUUUGUAACAAAAAAUGGUAGGAGGUAUGAUUUUCUGUGGUUAACUAAUCUUACCAUGCAUGCAAAUUAUGUAUAAUUAAAAUGUGUAAAUUCUAAAUUUGAAAGGUUACAGCUGAGAACCAUUAUGCUACAGAAGGCUGUAUCGGAACCUCUGCAUCCUACGGGUAGGGGUAAAUCCAGAAGUCCAUGCACCUAACUAAAUUUGAUGAGGGGAAAAGUCCUGAACUAAGAGAAUAACAAUAUGGCACUCAGAGUUAGUGUUGUGUGCUGUUGUCUUUGAAAUAGAUGUUACAGUCUCAUAUUUCUCUUCAACCUGUAUUUAAUAAAGCCAUGAU